ACAGGCCUCUGCAACUAUCAUUUCACCUUAGCCCACAGUCAGGGCUGCUUCCCCCACGCACCACAAUGUGCUCAGUUCUUCCCCUGCCCUGGCUUCUGACUGGGAGCCUGGCCGCUGGAUAAUGACCUCCAGGACCCUCGCUCUGGUACAACCUGUUUAUACAAUUCUUCUGAAGUUUUAGGUGCCUGCAAGAGGAAACGUGAAAGACUGGGCUUUAUUAUCCCAGGUACCGGCAACAGAGGCCAAUAGCAACAGACGCCAAUAGCAUCAGAAGCCAAUAGCAUUCCAGCUGUACUGGCAUCUGCCCAUGUGUCCCUUCCCAACAGGCUGCUUGCUGCCAUGAAGGAUCUUCUUCAGUACGCUGCCUGCAUCUUGGCCAUUUCCUCCACUGGGUUUUUGAUAGUGGCCACCUGGACAGACUGUUGGAUGGUGAAUGCCGAUGACUCUCUGGAGGUGAGCACUAAAUGCAGAGGCCUGUGGUGGGAGUGCGUCACAAACGCUUUUGAUGGGAUUCGUACUUGUGAUGAGUACGACUCCAUAUAUGCAGAACACCCCUUGAAGCUCGUGGUGACACGAGCACUGAUGAUCACAGCUGACAUUCUAGCUGGCUUUGGAUUCAUCACCCUGCUCCUUGGUCUUGACUGCGUGAAGUUCCUACCUGAUGAGCCACAAAUCAAAGUCCGCCUCUGCUUUGUUGCAGGGACCACAUUACUCAUUGCAGGUACCCCAGGAAUCAUUGGUUCUGUGUGGUAUGCCGUGGAUGUUUACGUCGAACGCUCUUCUCUGAUUUUUCACAAUAUAUUUCUCGGGAUCCAAUACAAAUUUGGUUGGUCAUGCUGGCUUGGAAUGGCUGGGUCUCUGGGUUGCUUUUUGGCAGGAGCUCUCCUCACCUGCUGUUUGUACCUCUUCAGAGAUGCUGGGCCUGAGAGGAACUACCCUUAUGCCAUGAGGAAGCCUUAUUCAACUGCAGGUGUGUCCAUGGCCAAGUCCUACAAGGCCCCUCGGACAGAGACAGCCAAAAUGUAUGCUGUAGACACCAGAGUGUAAAAUCUGCCAAAUAUUAAUCUGUGUUUCUGUGUUGCUUAAUUACUCAAAUCAAUGUGUUCAAGUUAAUAAAAUAAACGAUCGACUUUGGAGCAUUUAUUUACAUUUCUGAUUAAAAUUAAUUAAUUGCAAGUUCAAUCAAAAUGCUGUCUUGUCUCCCAUGCCUCACUCUAUUGUGCCCCCAAGAGUCUCCCUGCAUUUUAAGUUGACACUGAUAAAAUGUAGAAAUAUGUUUCAGGUGUCUUUAUUGCUUUUGGAGAUAAUGGCAUAGUAAUAUUAAAGUGAAGUGAUGCUUCUGAAACACAAAUAAAUUUAAAGCAAGUCCAAGGUCCUAAUUUUGAAGGGAUAGAGGACCUGUUGGCUCUCCCUAACUCAAAGUACAAUUUUUAUUCUCUCAGGGAAUUCAUCAAUAACUUGAAAGAAGGGUAUUUUUUUUAAAUUUAAACUAUAUCAGAAUCUAACAUACUCAAAUAUU